UUGAAACAUUUCCACUCAACUUUCCCUUUCUUUCAUCUUUGUCUCUAUUACUCCCUGUUUUCCUGUCCCUUUCUUUCCCCAUAACAUAUCUCUUCUUUGUCCCUAAAAAAAUCCACACCACACAUACAUAAAAAAUUUAGUGUUGCCGCUCUAGAGCUAAAAAGAUGGAUUCUUCCUCUCCCAUUUCUGUUCAAAAAGCUUCACCAAAGCCACAACCUUACAGAAAAAGCUUUGUAACUUCUCUAAUGGAAGCAGCUACAUUACGCACCCCAUCUUUUAAAGAAGACACUUACUUCAUUUCCAACCUUAAAUCAUCCGAAAAAAAAGCAUUACAAGAAUUGAAAGACAAGCUUGGAAAUGAAUCUUUUUCCAUGUGGGGUAUUCCACUUUUAAGUGGAGAUGAAAAAGCUGAUGUUAUUCUCCUUAAAUUCCUUAGAGCAAGGGAUUUUAAGGUAUCAGAUUCACUACACAUGUUGGAAAAAUGUCUGUCUUGGAGGAAAGACUUUAAUGCUGACAACAUUUUGGAAGAAGAUUUAGGGUUUAAAGAACUUGAAGGAGUUGUUGCUUAUAUGCAUGGAUAUGACAAAGAAGGACACCCUGUUUGUUACAAUGCUUAUGGGGUGUUUAAAGAUAAGGAAAUGUAUGAGAGGAUAUUUGGUGAUGAAGAAAAACUGAAAAAGUUCUUGAGAUGGAGAGUUCAAGUUCUUGAAAGAGGCAUUGACAUGCUGCAUUUUAAGCCUGGUGGAAUUAAUUCCAUUAUUCAGGUUACUGAUCUUAAAGAUAUGCCUAAGAGAGAAUUAAGGGUUGCUUCUAAUCAGAUCUUAUCUCUUUUCCAAGAUAAUUACCCUGAAAUGGUCGCUCGUAAGAUAUUUAUAAAUGUGCCAUGGUACUUCAGUGUGUUGUAUUCAAUGUUUAGUCCAUUUCUGACUCAAAGAACCAAGAGCAAGUUUGUGAUAUCCAAGGAGGGAAAUGUUGCCGAGACAUUAUUCAAAUUCAUUAAGCCUGAGGAUAUUCCUGUUCAGUAUGGUGGACUGAGUCGACCCACUGAUUUACAAAAUGGGCCCCCAAAACCAGCUUCUGAAUUCACUGUUAAAGGAGGAGAGAAAGUCAAUAUUCAAAUUGAAGGCAUUGAGGCUGGUGCCACAAUAACAUGGGACAUAGUAGUAGGAGGAUGGGAAUUGGAGUACAGUGCAGAAUUUGUACCAAAUGGUGAAGGCAGCUACACCAUUGCUGUGGAGAAGCCAAGGAAAAUUGCAGCAAGUGAAGAGGCAAUUCACAACUCAUUCACUUCAAAAGAAGCUGGAAAAAUGAUGCUUUCUGUAGACAACACUGCCUCUCGCAAGCGAAAAGUUGCAGCCUAUCGAUACAUCGUCCGUAAAUCUGCAAUAAUUUCAGGCUAAAAUGGAAGGACCACAAAAAAAAGCUUGUUUUUUUUACUCACUUUAUCUAGGAGUUGUUUUUUCAGCUUGUUGAUGAAUGUUUGGGCAAGUUAGUAGUAGUAAUAUUAUCUUAAGUGAUAGUGCGCUAGUAUGAAUAUAUAAAUGGUGGUAUUAUAUUGCUUAUUAGUACUACUAAUAUGAAGUGAUGAAAAGCACAUUAACUUUGCUAAUAUAUGGAGUACCACUUAAUUGUGGGGCUUCUUUUAAA